UUUUUAUUUAUUCCUGCAAACAUGGUGGAUAUUGUUCAUACCUGCAAGGAAGAGACGGAUGUGGAAUAGCUUCAUAUGUUUAUUAUUUAGACUGAAUCUCCAUUCUUUUUCUGUGAGUUGCGAUGGAGCAAAAAUCCCGCUUGUAUUUGCUCUGUGAGCACAGACAAAUGCUCCCAACCUUCUAGUUUCAGACUCUGGAACUACACCGUUUGCACAGCUUUUGCAAAUGUCAAACGUCUAAGCAGAGUAAUAUCAUAAAACAUUUUGACUGGAAGGUGAAGUUAAAAAUUCUCAAGGCGAAACAGGGUUUUAGUAGUUCAAACAUGCACUACUGAGUCCCCGCCUUAAAUGUGUUUGGUGUGUGUUACUGAAUGGAAUACAAAAGUUGGGAAAAGGGUUAUAGUGGGUGAAGGAUCCCAUUAAAAAAAAGUUUAAUCAAAAGAAAUUAUUAAUUAAUGGAAGCGUGUGUUAUAGAGAAGCCCAUGUUGUUAUGCAGUAUGUACUCCUAAAGUGUGUGUGUGUGUUUCUAAUAAUUUCUAAUUAGACUAUAUGGAUGCAAACUUCUGGCGAAUGGUUAACCACGACACGAACCGUUUAUUAAUAAAAAUAAAAAUAAAUUGCAUGAGCUGAAAUAUCAAACAGAUUUGUGUCUCUCCGAUAUACCCCAAUAAAACAUGUAGGACCCAUAAGAAAUGUCCUGCACGCAUACAAGUCUGCUGUGGGGUAAAAGACAAGUGUGUUAUUUCACGAUGGGAGGUUUGUUUCGUCUGAAUCCUUCUUAACGCGCAUUUCAGUCUAUUGACAGAAUAUAACUUUAUGACUAAAUCCCACAAGUAAAUCAUUCACCACCUUGUUUUUGGUACACUUGGGUAAAGUGCGACGUUUGACAGUCGCAGGUCCUUCCCUGAAUUCACUUUGAAUCAGACCGAACUCGAGCGCCUCUGACUCUGAACAUCUCAGUUUAGGAGGAGUUUGUGACUCUUGUAGCUCUCCUUGGACCUUUACCAAAACGUUUUUCACAACGUGAGAGUUGAGCUGAGCAGAAACAAUUACUGGGAUCUGUGGAGACUAUUAUCGCGCAAAGUCCGGUCUCCUGGCCAGGCAAACACUUUCUGGGAAAUGAGCCAAACGAACAGAGAGUUUUCUUAUAGCAAAAUUUGGCCAGUGAGUGAGAAAAUAAAGACGUGCGACGCCGUGUGCGCACCCAGCAUGGCGCUAAAAACUGAAGAAAGUCAGGUCUAUUUCACCAACCCGACAGGAAGCGGUUCGGGCAGGCUGAAAUAUUCCGACAAUGCAAACAUUUACGGAUCCGGACGCGUUAAUCCGCAAUCCUGUGACAUGGAGAAGCAGUGCUGCCAAACAGCUCCUACUCCUCAGGAGGAGUUGUUGAGCGCUGACUACCGUGUGGGCGACAGUCGCUCCUUUUCUGCCUGCGCCACAAUCUCAGAAACAGCCAGGGAGCUCUGCAAAGCGGUGUCAGUGUCGCUGGGUCUGGCCAUGGAGUCCAGUGACACAAGCGACGAUGCUGCUCUCCCCCCGUGCGCCGCAAAUGACCAAAUGCGCGAAGAGUAUUUAUUCGGAGUCGAAGCCGUGCCUCUCAACUGCACCGGAGCCCAGACUGCAGUCACCGAGUACAAGUAUCCCGACCGAGAUGAGCGACCGCUGCACGGCCACAAGCAACUGGUGAAAAUGUUCAAAAGUUCAGAGACCGCUGCGCAUUUUUAUCACCUCGGCUCCACUCGGACAUCUAUGAAUGCGCAAAACUUCGCGCUGUGCGAGACUGAUGACAUAACUUCAAAAGAGAUAGAUCAUCUGGACACAGCGCACUCAGCCUCUUGCACUUAUGUCCCGGCCGCACCAGACAACUUGGUACACUUCGGACACGCGUCCACGGAGAGACCGUGUCGGGCCUACGAGCCUCCCGAAGAAGCGGGGGACUUCGGGGACGCCGCGGAGAACAAGCCCGGCGGUUACCAGCCGGAGCAGUACGGCGUCAAAAUCAAAUCUGAGGAGGGCGAAUCUUCAGCGGCGUUGUGGGGCAGUAAUUACACCUUCAACGAGAAGUGCAACUCGCAGUUUUGGGGUUCGAGGCAGUGCAUGAGCGCACACAACGCAGGAGCGGGCACCGCGUUCAUAUGCAAUCCAUAUGAGAGGAGCGUCAUGCGUCCUGAGCAGUGGUACCCUGGAGGAAUGCUGAGGACCCCCUAUCCCAACUCUAACUACAUGAAAAGUGAAGUUGGCGAAUGGAUGGAUGUCGCCUACAACGACACCAGGUUUGAGGCUGGCAGGGAGCACAUGUUCCCCAUGGAGUUCUUCUUCCCCCCACAGAGGACGUGCCUGAUCUGUUCGGACGAGGCAUCUGGCUGCCAUUACGGUGCGCUCACCUGUGGCAGCUGCAAGGUUUUCUUCAAAAGAGCCGCGGAAGGUAAACAAAAAUACCUGUGUGCAAGCAAAAAUGACUGCACUAUUGAUAAGCUAAGAAGAAAGAACUGCCCCUCUUGUCGUCUGAAGAAGUGCUUUGAGGCUGGAAUGACUCUUGGAGCACGUAAGCUUAAGAAGAUUGGACAACAGAAGAACCCAGAAGAGGAUCAUCCUGUUCAUGAUCCAGCAGAAAUCGCCCAGAAUGUCUCUCCAAAGUCGGGUGUAAACUUCAACUCGCAGCUGGUCUUCCUCAACAUUCUGGAGUCCAUCGAGCCUGACGUGGUGAACGCAGGACAUGACUGUGGCCAGCCAGACUCAGCUGCCACCUUGCUUACAAGCCUCAACGAGCUGGGAGAGAGACAACUGGUCAAAGUGGUCAAAUGGGCAAAGGGACUUCCAGGUUUUAGAAAUCUCCAUGUGGACGACCAGAUGACUGUCAUUCAACAUUCAUGGAUGGGGGUGAUGGUGUUUGCCUUGGGAUGGAGGUCCUAUAAGAAUGUCAAUGGCAGGAUGCUUUACUUUGCCCCGGACCUUGUGUUCAAUGAACAUCGGAUGCACGUUUCCACCAUGUAUGAGCACUGCAUAAGGAUGAGGCAUCUUUCACAGGAGUUUGUGCUACUGCAGAUCACCCAGGAAGAGUUCCUCUGCAUGAAGGCCUUGCUCCUCUUCAGCAUUAUUCCAGUUGAGGGCCUCAAGAGCCAGAAGUACUUUGAUGAAUUGCGACUCACCUACAUCAAUGAACUCGAUCGCCUCAUUAACUAUCAAAUGGCCACAAAUUGUUCUCAGAGGUUCUACCAGCUCACGCGACUCCUGGACUCUCUCCAGAUGACUGUAAAGAAGCUCCAUCAGUUUACAUUUGACCUUUUUGUCCAGGCUCAGUCUCUCCCCACGAAGGUCAGCUUUCCAGAGAUGAUUGGAGAAAUAAUCUCAGUACACGUACCAAAGAUCCUGGCAGGUUUGGCUAAACCAAUCUUGUUUCACAAGUAGAAGGAUUUUCGAAUGGUGACUCAUGUUUGCUGCCUCCAAAAACUGACAAAGGCUUUGAACUGUUUCCCAAUAUCUUCAAUUGCUUUUAGCACUGUUCUGUAAUCAUUAUUUUAUUGCCCAGGUUUUUUUUUCCCCUUUUAGCCAUAAUUGAGAUUGUUUGCUCAGAACUGUUAAAGCUUUUAUCUGAAAAGCUGCAAGACAUCAACUGUCGACAGCUCUGCUGCUUCUGCGUGGAGAGUUUGUUUUAAGACGGGACAGAGAUGCUACUUUACAUAUGCAGUAAGUCUGUAAAUUAUUAUUACAGCAACCUGAAAGUAGCAGGGUUAAAAACUUGAAGUUUUGCAUGUGACCUUCGUCAUAUUGUACAUAGACUGGACAAGGUAAUCAUGAAUUAUAAAAUAAAUAAAAUAAUAACAAUAAUGACAAAAAAAGAGGUGACCCAAAGAGCAGGUGAAAACUGGAUCCCAGAAACAAACAAAUACUUGUUUCACAUCAGUUUACCAAAAACACAUUUUAUAAUCACUGCUCUCUGGGGCAUCUGCAGAGUUUGUGCUUGUGAAACUGAGAGUGGUAAAUACAACUUGGGAGGCAUGAACGUGUUUAAGAGUCACGGUGUCUCAAUACCAACAGUUUAAUUUUAUUUUAACAGUAUUUUUCAUAAGACUCUGGCCAAAAUGCCUCUCACUCUGACACAGGCUGUGCAUUUGCCAGUCAAGUAUUAUAACUAUAAAAGUGAUUAAACUGCCUGCAGACACUAGACCUAAAAUAACACAGUGCCAGUGUCUCAAUCUGAAAACAAAAAAACAAAUACCUGUCUGAGUAAUAUUUCAUUUAUUAUAUUACUCUUUCUGCCAUUUAUGGGCUUGCAUGUUGUCCAGUGUAUUUCCCAGUUGUAUUUACUCCUCUGUUGCUGAAUUGUUUCUGAGUGCAGUUGAAGGCAGCUGUAGUGUAUUUGUCGCUCAUGGUUUGACAGCAUUAAUCCAGUACUCACACAAAAUUGAAACGGUCGGUCGUUCAAAGUCGAAUGUUUAUUUGCAUUGUCUUUAACGUGAACAGAGGACAGGAUGUAUGUAGGACAUGUGUGUUCCGACUACAGAAACAUCACAACAACUUCUGUUGUGUUUUGAAGCAGAGAAGGUAUUUCGCUUGGUCAGUAAUAUUUUCUUCUUAAAUCACAUGCUCUCAGUGUAGUUAGAUUUUCCUGUAAUUUACAGUCAGAUUUAAAAUCUUAGCUGAUGGUAAUAGAAGAAUCACAAAAACAGGACAGGCGAAUGUUAGACCUUUCUAAGCUUAGCCAGUGCAGCUCAAUGCAGACCUAUACGAAGAAAACACUACAUGCUUAUGGCCACUUCUUACUUUUAACUUGUUCGCAUAGUGUUAGCACAAAUCUAUUUACUUCUAAAUAUGUGAAACAGGUACUUGGGCAGUCUAUAAAGACCUUUUCUUCUCUCUACUGCUUCAAAUCAGUUUAGAUUUCAUCAGAAUUAUCCCUUAAAAUAAAUUCUGAUUAAAAUAAAUAUUUCAUGCAACUGAUGUUACCACAAACACAUUGUGUCCGCAUGCUCUUUCUGUGUAAAUACAUAAGCCUGGAUCCUUGGGUUUGUCAAAGCCUGAAUUUGGCAUAAAUAAAUAAAGAAAGAAAGAAAGAAAGAAAGAAAGAAAGAAAGAAAGAAAGAAAGAAAGAAAGAAAUGCCAUACGUUUUUCAGAGGUAAAAUAAAAUCAUGCAUGUGACUGGAGUUUGAAGUAAAAGAUCCAUUGAUAAAACUAAAAUGAAGCCAUCAGCUGUAGCCCACAGCGCAGCUCUUCACUCAUCUACCACCAGCGCUGCCAAACUAUAGCACCACGCUGUGACUGGGGGUUUGCAGACUGUGGGAGUCUUUGUGAGACACGAGGAAGAAAGGGUGGCUCUGACCACGUGCAAAUAUUGAAAGAGAACUUCAUUCAGAGCGCCAGGGAUCUUAGUUUAAGGCCAUCGUUCUCUAACAGGACAACAAAUAUAAAAUGAAAGCCAACUGAAAACUGGAAGGCCCGCAGAUAACGCAUGUGAAAGUCCUUGAGUGGCCCUGCCAGACUUCAGAGAUCAGAACCAAGGAAAAAUCUGAGGAAUGCCUUGAAGAUAACUGAUCCCAGAGUCUUGAGUUGAAAAGAAAUAAUUCAGUUGAGUACAAUUAUGACUAUUUAUAUUUUAUUUAAAAACACAACCCGAGAAGUAAAACAUGAGACAAUUUUGUACAUACAGCAUGGUCUAAAUGAGGCACAAUAUAAUUUAGACUUUCAGUAAAAGAACUACAGUUGUAGCCGAUCAUAUUUUUACUCUCCAGCCGCUCUUUGUUUAUCCCAGCUUUAACUUCUCUGACCUGAUCUGAGUCAUUUUAUAGCUCUGUAAAUUCAGCCCUUUUUAACAACAGCCCUCUUCUUUCACACGCCUAUAGAUGCAUGCAUCAUGUGUUGGUAUAACUGUAUACGUAACUUUAAGCUUUGCAGAAAGCGAUGCACGGACAUCCAUAUAUCCCUCCAGUUAUCUGUUUAUCGUAGUGUCAUUAUCGUUCAAUGCACGGGACAUUUAUCAGAAGGCAUGAGAACAUUUUGUUGUACAGUAAAAUGAUACGCCGACUAUGACAAGUCUGUUUUACAGUUUGUUUGUUUUGUUUGUUUUUACAGAUUCAUUCAUAAGCUUUAGUGAAGUUUGUAACAUGGCCUACUUCAUGUGCACAAAUGAAUGUGUUCUUGUCUUCAACUUGUCUAUUAUACGAUGUUAUAUACAGUGCUAAAACAACUGGGAAGAACAGGUAAUCCACGAGAGGAGCUCCUCCCUUAAUAAUGACUUAAUUUUACCCUGACACUCAAAACUUCACAACCAGAUAUUCAUCAAGUGGUUUCCUGGAUGCACUAUAUUGUAAAAGUGUUCUCACAUUAACUCUGGUUCUUCAAUAAUGUCGUAGUUUUUAGCUUUAUUAUGCAUUACACAGGGUAAAUAUGAAGGCAUACCAGUGCCAGUGCAUGGAUGAGCCACAUAGAUGCUCCUGUACAUUUUGAAUACUAACGUGAUUCAGUCAGAUUUGACUCUUGUGUUUGUAUUUUGUCAGUAUAUGUACCGCAUAUUCACACGGUUCUUUGUACAUGUUACGGUAACUGUAUAUAUAGAUUAGUUCAAUGUCUGUUUUGGUGUCCGGACACUUGACUUUUAAAGUCAUCUCUUGUAUGAUUUAUAUCUUUUGUGAUCUGUGUUUUUCAAUGUGUGUUUUUCAAAGAUGUAAAUUUUCAUCAUCUUUUAAAGGGAAUUAAAGUGUUUGAAAGUUAAAGCCA